AUGACGCGCGACGAAGACACCGAGAUAACGCUGAAGGGCGAGUUAAACGAGGAGCAGGAACUCGAACAAGGUUUAGACGACGAGAACGAGAACGAGCACGAUGAUCAGCAUGACAUGGACGAUUCUCGAGGUGAUGAUGAUGAUGAUACGUUAGGCGGGAAGAGACGUCUCUUCCGCUUCAAGCCUGCCUUUGAUGUCGUGCUCGUGCGCGAGGUGAUUCACGACUUCCCGUGGUCUGCGGGUUAUGGACGUACGCGUUCUGCCUGGAUGGCUGUAGCCACGCGUGUACAAUCGACGCUCGAGGAAAUGAAAGGUGUGACUUUCACGCGUGGAAGCGCAUUGGAUCAUGCUAUCGUUAAGCGACGCAUCGACAUGCUGUUGGAAGCGUUUCGCAAAAAUGAAUUAUCUGCUCUGCGCGGAUCUGGAACUCCUGAGGAAUUUGACAUGCGCAAUAAGCUUCUGGGCAUCCUAGCACGAGUGGUGGACGAGCAGACGCUUAAUAAAGGUGCCAUGCGAGAGAAGCGCGUGCAUUCGGCUUUGCAGGCUGCACAGCGUGACCUGGAAGAGCUUGAGGGAUCCGCUAGUUUGACUGCAUCACCGUCAAUAGGACUUACCCUGCCCAAUACGACUGUGCCGCCAACAUCUUCCUUAAUGCCCAUUGCCCCUGCGCCAACCUCAACCAUAUCUAGUCGUGCCAGCCCCGAUUCAGUGUCUCAAAAUUCCACAGUGUCCCAAGUGCAGCAGAAUGGCAAUAAGCGACCUUUGCGAAUGUCGAUAUCGACUGUGCACGAGGGCAAACGAUCUCGGGUAGAGCGAGCACUGGAUACGAUCUCGCAGUUUGAUGAACGUAAAUUGCAAUUGGAGGAGCGACGUGUGAUUCUAGAAGAGGAGAAGUUGGCUUGGCAAAAAGAAGAAGCUCAGCAAAACGAGACGGAACGGCAAGCACUGUUGGAUGUACUGCGUGCGCAAGGAUCCCUCUUGACAGAGUUGCUGGCACAUCUACGAAAUGCAAAGGUACCAAUGGACACGAAUGGUCCGCGAUGUGAAAGUCCACAGUAA